AUGGCGCACUCGGUCGGGAUGGAAGAUCUCGACUUGUCGUUUGGCGAUCCCGCUACGGCAUUGCGGUCCAUCACUCCCUCGACCGAGUCUGCCCCGACCCCUUCGGCUCCCUCCUUCGAGUUUGGAGCGAUAUCGUCCAGCAGGGCGAACCAGAUACCGCAUUUGGCACACUCGACAUUCGACUCACCGUUGACGACGACGACGACGACGUUGAAUGGCGCACGUCCUCGACCUGAUCUCAAAGAUGUGGCCGCGAGUCUCAUCAAUGGCCUUGAUGACGAAAGCGCUACUACACCGAAGAGGCAGGUCACAACGCCAGACAUGACGAAAACGCCCAGGAACAACCACCAUGCCACCCCGGCAGCUGUAGCCGCCGCGGCGGACAGUCCUAAUGGCCUGCCUUCUAAUGUCUUGCUCAGCCCGGGCAUGUCCAUCGGAUUACUGACAUCGAUGCUCAAUCGAUCACCGACCAAGUCGCCCUUGGCACACGGAAGAGGCGUAAGCGAUAGUCCCGCGCAGAACGGCUCGGUAGGAUCGCAAGAGUACUCGAGAGCGAUGAGAGAAGCAUUCGCCUUUUCGACAGCCCUGGUCAAUGACGAUGCCGUACAGGACCAGACACUGCUGCCGGAUGAGCGCAUACUCUCGCAAGACGGCCUGACGACGUAUAAAGAUAUGAUCGAAGAGACGGCGGCUGUCGAGCCUCUGAAAGAAGCUGGACUGAAACUUGUGACCCACCUCAUCGCUUCUGGAGAGCGAUCCGAAGCGCAAGCCACUCAGUUGCGGGAGAAAGAUCAACGGAUACGCAUGCUCGCCACACAGCUCGUCUCGCUUCAUUCUGUCUUUCAAGCUCAGGCGACUGCAGAGAAAGAGCGUUGGCUGGUGGAGACUGAGCUGCUCAAGAGAGAAGCAAGGGCGUUAGCGCGCAAGCUAGCAGCACAGCACCAGCAAACCGCCAACGCAUUCGCCCAGGCCAACGCCAAAGUGCUCAAAGCUAUGCCGUCGUAUACGCAUCCGGAUGGCGAAGCGCGUGCAGGUCUAGGCCACACUGGCGAAGAAGCAUCUGUCUUUGUACCGCUACCAGAGAGCGAGGCAGCCGAGCAAAAGGGUUUAUAUUCCGCCGGCUGGGGAACAUCGCAGCAUAGCGCCCCUACCGUUGGUCAGGUGCUCGAAACGGAAAAGCAAAAGAAGCUGCUACAAGCGGAUAAGGUGUACCUCAAGAAACGCCUACACGAGCAAGAAGCGCUCACACAUCGACUCGAAGCGGAGAUCAGAGCAUUGAGACCGAAGCUCAUCAAUGGCGCGCCUAUCGUCAUCGAACAAGCAGAAGCCCGUCCUCUCGCACCGGGUGAACGUGUCGACGCUGCCAAUACGUUUUCGGAAGAUUGGCGCAAAGUUCGAGCGCCCGUCAUGGGGGACGCAGAAGCAGAGCAUCUCAUUCUUGCUGGCAAACGGAUGGCACAGGUCAAGCGCAACAUCCGACUCGUCCAGCAGGCACCCCCAGACCUGCGAAGCACGCCGACUGCACGUGGACGUGGGCCAAGGCUGGCAAGCGAAUCGGACCUCGAUGAAGACGAACAGGUGUACCAGCGCACGCCCGUAAGGGCCCGACAAAAGUCAUUCGGAACGCCUAAGAGUCAGAGAGCGUUUGGACAUCGUCCGAGUGUCAGUCAGGCCAGCAUACCAUCCGGCAUGACCGAUCUCAUUCAGGCUGCGACUGCGCUGGAGCACGAGGAUCGGGAAGCAAAGCGAAGACGACUUGCUCCUUCGCAAGGUGUCAGCUUCGAAAGAGGCACAGACUCGAUACAGUGGUCUCCGGGUCAGCGUCCUCGCGAACUCGGUCAGCCUGCUGUAUCGCCACCGCGCAGCCAGAGCGCACAGCUGGACGCGUCACCACAACGCCAUCAGCGUGUCUUCAGCGCGCUAGACGUCCUCGCAGACCAAGCCGCUGCGAGUCAACAGUCUGAUCAUAUGCUUAUGCAGCCGGACCAGCACAACGCAAUGACUGAAUCGCCUGUUCGCAGUCAGCCCACUGCGAGCCUCGACUUCUCACGCUUCCGUGAAGAACCACACAGCAUGUUCUCACAGGCUCCUAGCGGCAAUAAUUUGCUGGGCGAUCAGUUUCCACAGCGACAAGCGCUCAAGAUGCCUCAGCAGACCAUGAACGCGACCCGACAGCACUUUCAAUUUCCACCCGCACCACUUCCGACGAGUACGUCAGGUCCUACACGUCCACCCAAUCAGAUCUAUCAGACGAUGCCCGCCCCCAAUGCGUGGCCGGGCACUGCAGCGAAUGGCGGGAUGCUCUACCAGGGGUUCCCCAUGCAGCCUACGCCAAUGCAGACUGCGCCAAAGCUCUCCUUUAACCCUGUUCCGCCCCGCCCUUCUAGUGGACCCAGCGCGAGCGCGAGCACAAGCGCCGUUCCCACACCGCCUGUUGCAGUCGCGCGCGCUCAAGCAAAAGCAUCAGAACCAGGCGCAAAGCGACAGAGAUCACCCUAUGUCAAGUGGAACCUGGCUGAGGAUGAGUUGCUAGCCAAGGCGGUAGCACAGCAUGGUCAGCGUUGGGACGCAGUGAGCAAAUGCGUGCCCAGUCGAAGCUAUCAUCAAUGCCGACAGCGCUGGCUCAGAGGACUCAAAUCUGGAGAGAACUUGCCUGUUGAGCUGGCCCCGUGGUAUCCCAUCAUCAAGGAAUCCGUCGCGCGCUACCAGAUGCAACGCAUGUCCAAAGCCGAUCGUUACACGCCGGCCACUCAGAUGGAUGAGGAGGAAGGUGACGAAGAGGAGGAGGAAGAGGAAGAGUAA